CGCACGUUAGCAAUUAGAAUAGAACGGAGGAAGUGAUGAGAGUGGCGGAAAUCUCAAGAACACUGCAACCAAUUUAUCUUAUUCCCCUUCUCCUCUUCUUUCUCCCAACCCAUUUUCUCUCUUUCUCCCUCUCAUUUCAUUCACAUUCUCACUCAUUCAUCCUCGUUUUCGCUCCCUCGCCGCCAUGGAAUCUUCCGCUGCCAUUCGAUCCUUUCACUGCACUGUGCCCCAUGUAAGAUCCUCAUUUGAGAAGGUAGCUGUAGUUCCCUGCCACAAUGCCAGAUGGAACUCUAAAAGUGGGCUUUUCAUCCAGCGUUUGGCAAACGAUCGGAUGCUCAUUAAUUCUCAGGCCAAGGGGAGGAAAACGCUAGUUUCAUGCGCAAAAGCAGUUGAAGCUAUCAAUACAGCUAAAUCUGACGCUUCUUUGGAUAGCACAUCGCAAGACUCAGUAGAGAAAAAAGCUUUGCAAUCUGCUACUUUUCCUAAUGGAUUAGAGGCUUUGGUAUUAGAGGUCUGUGAUGAGACUGAAAUUGCUGAGCUGAAAGUAAAGGUUGGAGAGUUUGAGAUGCAUCUUAAACGUAACAUUGGAGCAACAAAAGCUCCUUUGUCUAACAUUUCACCAACUACCCCACCACCUAUUCCAAGUAAACCUAUGGAUGAAUCAGCACCCAGUACCCCACAAUCAUUGCCACCAAAAUCAUCACCUGAGAAGACCAACCCAUUUGUAAAUGCUUCCGUGCAGAAGUCAUCAAAACUGGCACAAUUGGAGGCUUCUGGUACCAAUAAUUAUGUUAUAAUAUCAUCUCCUACGGUUGGCUUAUUCCGACGUGGUAGAACAGUGAAAGGGAAGAGACAACCUCCUACCUAUAAAGAGGGUGAUUUAAUCAAAGAAGGGCAAGUCAUAGGGUAUUUGGAUCAGUUUGGAACUGGACUUCCUGUUAAGUCUGAUGUGGCUGGAGAAGUUUUAAAGCUACUUGUCGAGGAUGGAGAGCCCGUUGGUUACGGAGACAAUCUUAUUGCUGUGUUGCCUUCAUUCCAUGACAUCAAGUGAGCUAGCCUUUUCUUAUUGUUGAAGAUUAAUCAUGUGGCAUUUAUUUAUUGGGACUAAUAGCAUAUUGGCAAAUGUUUUUAAUAGACUGAGAAAUAAUAAUGUGUUUACAUACUCGGGACAGACUUGUGUUGUUGAGGAUCAUACUUUGUAUACCAGUUGCUUAAAUUGUAUUCGAUUAGCUAUACCAAUACCACCUUAUUAUGUAUCUUAGGGAGUGUACGCAAACCUAAGGAUUUGCAUAAACUAUGAACCAACUGAUUCUAGUAGCUGGAGUUUGAUUGCUUGUUUGCUUU